GGCGCGCGUCAGCCCGGCUGGGCGCGAGAGGCCAAAGUGGCCGGGUGGCCGCAGCGGGCUCCCAACUUGCAGGCUCCGGUCCCCCGCCCCCAUCGAGCGCCCUCCCGCCGAGCCCCCGCGGACCCGCCCCCCCGGGCUCGCUCCGGGCGGGGCGCGAACCCGCAGCCCGCGCCGCCGCUCAACUUCGCAGGGCCUAGGCGGCGGCAGCGGCAGCAGUAGCAGCAGCAGCAGCAGCAGCCCGGUGGCCGAGUCUGAGCUUCCACGGCAACCGGUGGCUCCGGCCUCUCCGGCGCUUCGCCCCGGGGAGGCGCCGCCGCCCGACCCCCCGCGCAGAUCUGGUGAGCGUCCCGGGGCUGCUCCGCAGAUCUGUGGAUGCCACUGGCCAGAAACUUGACACUUCAGAUCAUCUUUGUAUCACAGCAGAGCCCUCAGCCUACUCAUUAUUUGGGGAAGAGAUAGCCCAUGUGCUGUGGAGAUGAACGGGGAGCAGCAUCUUGAUACAGAUCUUGGGUCUGGUGUAGAAGUAGAAGAAUUCAGCUGGGAAGAUUAUCUAGAAGAGACAGGUUCCACCACAGUUCCCUACGCAUCGUUUAAACAUGUGGAUAUACGUUUGCAAAAUGGAUUUGCUCCAGGGAUGAAGCUGGAGGUAGCUCUGAAAAAAGAUCCUGAGACUUACUGGGUUGCCACCAUCAUUACUGCCUGUGAGCAGUUGCUCCUGCUCCGUUAUGAAGGCUAUGGGGAAGACCGGAAAGCAGACUUCUGGUGUGAUAUCAGGAAAGCUGGCCUCUAUCCCAUUGGGUGGUGUCAGCAGAAUAAGAAGACCCUCGAAGCUCCAGAAGGCAUCAGAGAUAAAGUGUCCGAUUGGAAUGCAUUCCUACAGCAGACCCUGAUAGGAGCCUGUGGUCCUCCUGUGUCUCUGCUAGAGGGCCUCCGUAAUGGAAGGAAUCCUUUAGAUCUCAUUGCUCCAGGAUCCAGACUAGAAUGCCAAGAUUUUCGGGACUCUUUAAGCGCUUGGAUUGUUACUGUUGUGGAGAACAUUGGAGGACGGUUGAGGCUGCGGUAUGAAGGACUUGAAAGUCGUGAUGGUUUUGAACACUGGUUGUAUUACUUAGAUCCAUUUCUUCAUCACAUUGGUUGGGCUGCUCAGCAAGGAUAUGAACUUCAGCCCCCUUUAGCUAUAAGACAUCUGAAAAAUGAAGCUGACUGGCAAGAGAUUUUGGCCAAAGUGAAAGAGGAAGAGCCAUUACCCUCUUACUUAUUUAAGGAUAAGCAAGUUAUUGGAACCCAUGAAUUUUCUAUAAACAUGAAGUUAGAAGCUGUGGACCCAUGGUCUCCUUUUGGGAUUUCUCCUGCUACAAUUGCUAAGGUUUUUGAUGAUAAGUACUUUCUAGUGGAAAUGGAUGACCUUCGACCAGAAGACCAUACAAGGCGAUCAUUUGUAUGCCAUGCUAACAGUCCUGGUAUCUUUCCUGUGCAGUGGAGUCUAAAGAAUGGUUUACACAUCAACCCUCCUCCAGGCUUCCGGAGCCAGGACUUUGACUGGGCUGACUACCUCAAACAGUGUGGUGCUGAAGCUGCUCCCCAGAAGUGCUUCCCGCAGUCAGUUUCUGAGCACCAGUUUAAGGAGAACAUGAAACUGGAGGCAGUGAACCCUCUUUUCCCUGAAGAAGUGUGCAUUGCCACCAUUACUGCGGUGAGAGGCUCAUACCUGUGGCUCCAGCUAGAAGGUUCUAAGAAGCCUGUACCUGAAUUUAUUGUAAGUGCGGAGUCAAUGAGUAUAUUUCCUUUGGGCUGGUGUGAAACCAAUGGCCAUCCUCUCAGUACUCCUCGCCGGGCACGAGGGCAUAAAUUGAGGAAAAUUGCAGUGGUUCAACCAGAAAAAAAAAUACUGUCUUCAAGAAGUGUCCACGAGGGCCUGAAGAAUCAGCUGAACUCCACUCACUCAGUGAUGAUCAAUGGAAAAUACUGUUGUCCAAAGAUAUACUUCAACCACCGUUGCUUCUCAGGGCCAUAUCUUAAUAAAGGAAGGAUUGCUGAGCUGCCUCAAUGUGUGGGACCUGGGAACUGCGUUCUGGUACUUAGAGAGGUACUUACUUUGCUUAUCAACGCAGCCUACAAACCCAGCCGUGUCCUCCGUGAGCUCCAGCUGGACAAAGACUCUGUGUGGCACGGAUGUGGGGAAGUCCUAAAGGCCAAAUAUAAAGGAAAGAGUUACCGAGCUACUGUUGAGAUAGUGAGAACAGCAGACCGAGUGACUGAAUUCUGCCGGCAAACAUGUAUCAAGCUGGAGUGUUGUCCCAACCUCUUUGGUCCACGCAUGGUUCUGGAUACAUGUUCUGAGAACUGCUCUGUCCUUACAAAGACCAAAUACACACACUAUUAUGGAAAGAAGAAAAAUAAAAGAAUUGGGAGGCCACCCGGUGGGCAUAGUAAUUUAUCUUGUGCCCUGAAAAAAAGCAGUAAGAGGAGAAAAAGGCGGAAAAAUAUUUUUGUUCAUAAGAAGAAACGUUCUUCUGCAUCUGUUGACAAUACCCCAGUGGGCUCACCCCAGGGAAGUGGGGGUGAAGAUGAGGAGGAUGCAGAUGAUGGAGAUGAAGAUUCCCUAACUGAGGGCAGCACAUCCGAGCAACAGGAGGAGUUACAGGAAGAGUCUGAAGUAUCAGAAAAAAAAUCAUGCUCCUCUUCUCCCACCCAGAGUGAGAUGUCCACCCCACUGCCCCCAGACACACAGACCAAUAAAAGAGACGCCCAGACUUCUUCAGUCUCAGAUGAUGAAAAUAAGCCUCCUUCACCAAAGGAAAUAAGGAUUGAAGUGGACGAAAGGCUGCACCUGGACAGCAACCCACUGAAGUGGAGUGUGGCUGACGUCGUGCGGUUCAUCAGGUCCACUGACUGUGCUCCACUGGCAAGGAUAUUUCUUGAUCAGGAAAUCGAUGGGCAGGCCCUUUUGCUCCUUACCCUUCCCACUGUUCAAGAGUGCAUGGACUUAAAGUUGGGCCCCGCCAUCAAGCUUUGCCAUCACAUAGAGAGAAUCAAGUUUGCUUUUUAUGAGCAGUUUGCCAACUGAGAAGGACAGCAGACUGAGCUGGGUCUUUGAAGCACAGUGCAGCAACCCUUUUGCCCUGCUCUACAAGGGCUGUCAGCCUGCAAGUGUUAGCUUGCUAUCUUUGCACUUUCAGGGAAGGAGGACCCACACUGAGGAAGCAAAAACAGCACAAAAAUGGCUCUCCUACAGUGGAAAUAAGGACUUCUGUUUAGAAGAUUCCAGUUUUUAAAAAGUGUGAGAAAACCGUAAAAGUCUGAAUUACUAUUAACGGGACCUGAAAACAAAGAGUGAUGGAGACAGCUGGACCGCACCAAUUUGGUUAUUUUCAUUCUGUUCCUUCCCUCUGUAGAUUGAACUCUGUUCUCUGCUUUCUCUUUCUUGAAAAGAGAGGACAUAGCUUUAAGUCAGCACUGGUUUGGGACUGUGCCUAAGGCACAUCAGUGCUUCAUUGUUGUUGUGUUUUUAAGCUUUUUUAAAUUAAAGCAGUUCAUUUUGGGGAUAAUUAAGUGGCUCUAGGGUUUUGAAUGUAUAGUCACACUUUGAUCCAUUUUAAAAUCUAUCCUUAGAAGUUCCUUUGUUUACUACCUCUGUUGAUGACUGCGCUUACAGCCAUGAGUGACAUUUUUUGUAUGAUGCCAUUUUUAAGCUGAAUGCUAAAACUAUGACAGAAGUUAGAGAAGGCACCGCCUGCUUUCUUAAAGAUACCAUGUCGGCACUUACACCACCAGUCCCUUAACCAAUUUGUCCUAAGAAUUCUACUGUUGUGUUCUCCAUCAUGACCCAGUUUUGGCCACCAUUGUUAAGUGGCUUUACAAAGACCAAUGGGUAAUUAUUCUCUCCCUAUUAGUUCUGAAAGGUAUUUAAGUGGCUUUUAUUUUAUGUUUAUUUUUCUGUUAGAGUUGUUUAACUACCUCUUUUAUUUCUGGAGUUUCUACUCUCAGUGAAAAUCAGUAUGUGUUCUUUGGACCCACUGUCAAGCCCAUUUUUCUCGUUUUCUAGGUAUUUCUAGGUAAACAUAGCAGAGAAAUGUGUCUUUAGGGAUGGCACAAAGUAUGAAGUUCCUUAAUAGUGUCCUCGGUUCUAAGUACUGAGAGGUAGUUGAGUCUAUGUCCACACUACCCAAAGUGUCCCAGAUCUUACCGCCUCUGGAAAGUUAAGCAGGGCCUGGUUGGUACUUGGAUGGGAGAGGUGGUUAAGGAGUCUGGAAAUCUCUGUCUAGCCACAUUUAUGCCUGUCUUCAGUUAAACCAACUUAAAUUGAAUGUAAUUACAGUCCUAAGAUUCCCACUCAAUAGCUCAUUCUUUUGAAGUUUUUCAUUUUUUAAAUUAAAUUCAAGUUGACAUGAAGCUCCAGGUGAAUUUUCACAUACAGUGGCAUUGUUAGCUAUUAUAGAAGACUAACACUUGCUCUGCUAUAGCCAUGAGUAAGGAAGGACAUGCAUACACAGUUGCUCCUUUAUUGUUUUCCUUGUUGAUUAUUUAUUUGUUUAUUUAUUUUUGAUUGCCCUAAUCCCUACAGAUUUAUACCCUAAGCAUUUUUUCCUCAAGAAUUGAAAAUGUUUUAAAACUGCAAACUGAGUAACUUCUGAACAAGUAUACAAAUAUAAGGUAAUAUUACUACAAAUUUAAAUUGUGAUUUUUUUUUCAUUUCUCAACUCAAACCCCACCUGUUUUUAUGGACAUUGGGAAAGACUGUAGUCUAAACCCUCUUCUUCAGUGAAUAACCAUCUAGCCAAGUCUUAAAGCAGUAGCUCUCACAUGGGUAUCUGGGAAGGAGCUUCAUUUAAGUAAUGAUUCAUUUAUUUGAGCUUAUUCGGAGAUCCAUCUUCUAAGAAUGUAAUUCUUUCGUGCCAUGGAGAGAAGCAGAUGUGAUACUAGGAAACAGUGUUGGCAGACUGACAUGUUGUGGCUCUCUUCAUUAGAAUCUCCUGCGACCACAGGAAUUGAGUCACCGAUACAAAGGGGAGUCUUGUAAGAACAUAAGACCUAUGCCUGUAGGAUCUCAUAUUGUUAACUUGGUAAAAGGAAAGGUGACAGCAAUGGCUGUAAUUUACCUCUUAUCAGAGAUGGCAGGUAUUAUGGCUAAAAGGUGAAGCAUAUGACCCAAGGCCCAAGUGUGGCUGGGGAGCAGGGGUGGGCACCAUAAUUAUUCAGUCUCUGCUUUCUCCUAUAGAAAGACCAGCCAUAAGUUAGACAAGAGGAGGGCUUCCCUAAAUAUUUCUUGACAGUUACAUCAGAGAAUUAUCUACCCCAUCCAUCCUUACAGUAAGAGGAUAAUUAUAUGAGAAUUUUGCAGAGGACUUUUUUUAAGUAUAAAAUUCUAAUCCCAAACUGGGUAUGGUGAUUUAUACCUUUAAUCCCAGUACUUGGGAAGUGGAAAUAAAGAUUAGACGUUUAAGAUCAACCUCAGCUACACAGUGAAUCCUAGGCUAGCCUGGGUUAUAAGAGACCCUGCCCUCCUUUUAAAAUUGUUUUUAUUUCAUGUAUCUAUGAAAGAGGCAGGGGUUAGGCUGGGUAGCGUGAUGGUUCGGAUAUGGUGCUGAGAUGUUUUAAGUUUGGUAAUAGCUUGCAUUGUUGGGGUAGUAGUUUAUAUGUUGCACAUUUGUAGGGGAAAUCUGUUUCUGAGACAGCCAACCUCAAGCUUUUUAGAGGUGUUUUGUGAGGAUACUAUCUGGAGGUCACCUGCAGUCAAGUUUUUUAUGAUCCAUCUUUAACCUGAGUUAACAAACUUAGAAAUACAUAAAUGGACUAUACUGUUCUCCCAGACAAAAUGUAACUGACCAAAACUAGGCUUUACAACUAUAUUGGUCUUCUAGGGUAACCUUCAACUGUAUGUGCAGAUUGGCUCUGAUAUUUUGACUAUAUCUAUCUGCUGAUUUCCUUUAUGAAACAUCUUCAUCUUUUUCAAAUACAGGGAAUACAUUGAUGGAGCCUUUUAAUUACACCUUUAGCCUUUCUUUAGCAAUAUACAUAGCUCCCUGUUUUUAUAAUACAGGUAUAGGAAGGGUACUAGCCAAGCUCUGGAAAUGAAGAUCUUGGUAAAUAUUUAUUAUUGAAUUUAAAAGAGGCAGGCAUAGAAAACCAGUUUAGAGUUUGACCUUUGUAUGUCUCUUCGAGAAAUAAAAGUAUUUUCACUGUGAGGGAAAGGGCAUUAGACCAAAGCUUCCUGAAGACUUGAAAACAUUUUACAUGCUCUUUAGAACCACUGUAGUUACUAAUGUGAAGCCUGAAGAAGGCAGGUAAGACUGAAAACAAACCACCCCUCUCAACCUAACAUUGUUUCCAAGAGACACAUAACAUCGGGGAGUUUAAAUGAAAGGUAACAGCAGUAUAAAAACUUGUAAAAUUAUGGAAACUGUCACUGGGACUUACUUACUCUUAGUUGGCACCUCUCACCAGAGCUUACAUUGAAGAGAUCCUUGUCCAGUUUGAGUGAUUGCCACCAGUGCUGGGAGAGUCGUUAGACUGUGGAAACAACACUGAGUUUGAACUUGCCUUACAUACUUGGAAUAUUCCAUAUGUGUACAAAACCACACAAGUUCCUAAGUGUUCUUACAAAGUGAAGUAGAGAACUGGGGCAGACAAGAUACUCCCUUUAUAAAUUUGGAUGUCUUUGGUCCUAGGAUCUUUGUAAGUUCUGUGUCUUAUGACCAUGGUGCCGGCUCAGAAACUCUGUAAAGACAGAGCCUCCUGUACAAACAAGAAGUAAUAGUCACUUUCCUGCCAUUGGCUUUAUUUACUUUAAGUGUUUUACUCAUGAACUUCGAUGAUUGCUUUGUAUGAGAAUGUAUGUACUUGGGGAAUUUGAAUUUAUUUUAUAAGCUACCUGCUGACCUGGAAUUUUGUUCUAAGAACUCUAAACUCAAAGUCCAGUCCAAAUGGAUCUGGUUCCAGGCACACUCAUUUGGGGUUGUUUUCCUUACUGCUUGUCUUCAGCCACAUAGGUGACUUUGCUCUGGGAACAGCCUUAAGGAUGAGGGACACAGGUAGUGGGUGUUAAUGCAGCACAUAUUGAUUUUCUUGCUGCUAUGUUUAAGAAGUCAAAAUUUCAUAAGAACCAGCAAAACUGGGGUAAAGGUUUGUAGGGGAGGUUGGGGGAUUAAAAAAAAAAAAAAAAAAAAAAGCAGGUCCAAAACUCUCAGAAUGCUUUUUUCUGACAAGUCUGGUGUGGUAGGUACUAUGAAUUACCAAGGUGAAGUGUUGUGAAAGAGACAAGCAACAGAUUGGCCAGACGGUUGUCACUACCAGCAGUAAAGUGCAGAAUGGAGCCAAGGGGAAGCAAGCAAGCAAGGGAGGAAGGAAGAGAGGGAGAGAGGGAACUUGUGUGAGAGAGGAACUGCUCGAUGUGUGUGGAAACUCAGGCAGAAGGGUUCCUAUAUGGCUCAUUCUGUCUAACUAUGUCUAGCUCAAGUCACAAUGCAUUGAUUAGCAGAGGCUGAGGAGAAGCAGGCAGUCUCUAGACCUUUGUGAGAAUCUCUGGGGUUUUAAGUGCUCGUGUCUUCCUAAAGACAAUCAGGGGCUUGUCAGGAUGGGACUCCAGGCUGCUUCCAGCACCGUCCUUAGCCCUCUCUCCAGUACUCUCUCUUUGGAAGUAAUGCACUUUGUUUAAUGUAUUUUGCCUUUAAAAAAAAAAGUUGCUUGUUUGGAACAAAAUGAGAUGCUUUUGGCACUGUAUCAUUCCUGCUUGCUGUUUUUCCUCUUAAUUUAAAAUUUUAUGCAUUGAAGACAAAGUACCCUUAAGGAGAAAUAUGCACAAGAAUACCUAUUAAAAUAACUCCCAUCAAGUUUGAUGGUAUAAUUUUUAAGGAUUAAAAACAGAACAAAACUAUUUUGAGUGAA